ACCAUGUUCAGUUCAUGUCACUGAUGGAUCACCUGCCAGGAGCGAGCAGCGUUCACUGCGAGGACAUCACAGCAGCACUGCGAUGAUCACAGAGAUUACUUUGGAUCUGUGCUGGGAGCUCUGAACAGAAGCAGACCGAGAACACAGGCUACAUAUGCUGCCAGGUGUGUGUGUGGAAUGUGGGCAGAAUGAGCAGCACAUUUGUCACAUUAGCUGAAGUCCUGGAGGCUCGAGGGGGACCUCUUCUGGAGGAGGAGGUCUGGUCCCUACUGCUGGGCGCUGCAGAGUGUUUAAUGGAUGUCUCUUAUAAGGGUCAUAACAAUAUGUGCAAUAUCAUAAGCCCCACCUCCUUGCUGCUGUCAGCCACUGGUACCUUAGCAUUUAAGAACUGUGGCCUAUCAGAUGAGGUUUCUGCCUUUGCUGCUCCAGAGAUGCUGCAGGACCGUGCCGGCUCAACAAAACCUGCCACAGAUAAGAUGCUGGUGUACUCGCUGGGAAUGACUCUCUACUGGUCGGUUGAUUUCCACCUUCCUCCAAAUCAGCCAGUCCAGUUGAGUGACCAUCUCAACAGCCUCCUCCUCAGCAUGUGCGAGGACCUGGCCCACCGCAGGCUAAAUCUCAUCUCCAUCCUGGAAGCCUGCGAGUCCCAGCACAAAGCCUCCACCCUGACGCCCCCCGCCAAAGUCAUUAAACAACUUGUGGAGGAGGUUUUCCACGAAUCAAUGGACCAUAGUUCUCUGCCAGACAGCAACAUCCCUCUGAGUGGGAGGAGCCAGAUGAUCAGGGAGAGACUUCAUAGAAAAAGGGGGCCGUUGUCAGACUUCAGUGAAGGAAGUGCUGAAGGUAGAAGGUAUUCAACGGACUCUGAUUCAAAAUCAGGGAGUUUACCUCAAAGACCUUGGAGGCAAAGACCACGAAGCUCUCCCACGCUGCUGUACCAGUCGUCACUAGAGAGGCUUCCUCGCAGGGCGCAUCGCAGGGACAGCAACUGCAGCUGGGUCGGUCGGAGCCCCCAACACGACUUCUCUCCCAAGACGUCGGGCAGAUCUCACAGUCCGUCCAUCACCUUCAGCGAGUCUUCKCUCAGCCUGAGCCAGAGGAAAGCUAAGCUGUUGGGUCCUGAGUUCAUCAGGAUGCCAGAUGAGCAGCAAGUUCUGCUUGAGCUUCCAGGAUCUAUUGUGUCCAGAAAGGGCCAUUCGAGUUUUUCUCAGAGAGAAGUGACUGUAGUGAUGGCUAACGGGCAGUACGUGGUUGUUCGCUGUGACAUUAAAUCCAGAGCACGAGAUGUGUUUGACAUGGUGGUGGCUCACGCAAACUUGGUGGAGCACUUUUACUUUGGUCUUUCCUUCUUAGAUGAUGAUGAAUACUUCUUUUUGGAUCACGAAACCAAAAUCUCCAAAGUUGCUCCAGACAGUUGGAAAAAAGGGCAGAUAUCUUCCUUUUUGGUCUAUCUCCGGGUCAAAUUCUUUGUUGAUGACAUCACUUUUGUUCUACAUAGACUGACUCGUCACCAGUAUUACUUACAGCUUCGUAAGGAUAUCAUCGAAGACAGGCUGUACUGUAAUGAGGAGACGGGCUUGUUCCUGGCUGCUCUUGCUUUGCAGGCUGAGUUUGGUGAUUACAUGCCAGAGUUGUACGGUAAGGACUAUUACCAGCCAGAGCAUUAUGUAUCAAGGAGGAUGUUGGAGAAACUUGCCCUUCCCAGUAUCAGGGAGGAGUUGCCAAGACUGCAUGCAAGCCAUGCACAUUUACUGCCAGAAGAGGCAGAAAUUGAGUUCCUAAAGAUUGUCCAGCAGUUACCAGAGUACGGGGUGAUGUUCCACCGUGUGGGAAGAGAGAAAAGGCCACUGAUUGGAGAGUUAGUUUUGGGAGUAUGUGCCAAAGGGAUCAUCGUGUACGAGACAAAGAACCACCUGCGAACUGUCACCAGGCGCUUCUUAUGGAGGGAAACGGAUUCCAUAUCCACUGGGCGGCGUAAGCUGAUUAUAGAGUGCGGUGGGCCCAGCGGGAAAAAGCACAGCUUCGUGACAGAAAGCUCAAAAAUAGCACAAUACCUCCURAACCUCUGCUCAGCUCAGCACAAGUUUCACAGUGAGAUGACGUCACGACAGCUCAACCACACUAUGAUCCCYGAUGAAAGCAUCUCUGCUUACAGGGCUCGUAACAUGAGCCUGAAGCGGAUUUCUUGCUCGGAGGGCAUGUUGAACCAUGUAGGUUUGACACCCGGUCAGCCGGAUUCCCUCUCCAAGUCUUGCGAUGACCUUACUGCCAAACUGGAAGCUCGACUUUGCCAGCACAGAGAGCUGAGGCGAGAGAUGACCAAGGAGCUGUCUGAAACAAGAGACCUCAGGGAUGCGAAGGAGCGACAGUGUUGGAGCACUCCAGAGACUAUUCCCAGAAGGUUGUCCAGUGUAUCGCUACACAAACAGGACUCCGAUGCCUCAUCAUCUUUAAAAGUUGAUACACCAACAAGGACUCCACCAGAGAGAGAAAUAGUUUGUGUGACAUUGAAGAAAGAUUCCAAAUUGGGUUUUGGGUUUGUGAUAGUGGGCGAAGACAAUACAGGAAAACUCGACCUUGGGAUUUUUAUUGCAUCCAUUGUGCCUGAUGGACCCGCAGAUAAAGAUGGAAGAAUCAAACCUGGUGGACGCCUCAUCUCGCUAAACAAAACGAGUUUGGAAGGAGUGACGUUCAGUGAUGCUGCUGCCAUCUUACAGAAUAGUCCUGAGGAGGUGGAGCUUAUCGUGUCCCAGCCUAAAUAUUUGCUGAAGGAGAGACAGAGCUCUUUGAGUCAGAGUACUCUUGGUUUGUCACUGGAGAGGAGUUUUGGAUCGCAGACCACCCUGAGCGGCACGGAGUUCCGCCCCCUCAUAGAGGAGCUGGAGGAGGCCAUCACACUGUCCAACAUGGCAACCCCAAAACAGAACAGGAAGCUUCACAUUCCUGUGGUUCGAAUACACGAUGCUCAGGUUCUUCUGCAUCUUUACUCGCAGGAUGUUUGUCCAAAGUCUCCGUCCGUCUUCAGCCUUAAAACAGGGGAGCGUUUUAGUGUGGAGUUAAAGAAAAGCCGUGGUAGCCUUGGAAUGAGUGUUGCUGGUGGGAAAAACACAAGUGUGCAGAACGGAGGCGUUUACAUCAAGAGUUUGGUGCCUGGAGGUUCUGCUGAACAAGAUGGGCGCAUUCAGAUCGGUGACAGACUGUUGGAGGUCGACGGCUCCAACCUGAGGGGAGUGAGUCACCAGCAUGCUGUUGAGUGCCUGAAGAGGACAGGGGAGGUAGUAAACCUGCUUCUGGAAAGGGAGCCCACUGUAGUCCUGGAGCCCAGACCCAACUCACCCCGCCCCCCCUUGAUCCACAGUUCCUCAUACACACAGCCCCCGAGGACUGAAGUCUCCAUGGAAAUGACCUUGAGUGGUCGAGCCAAGGACUACAGCUUUGUAACGAAUGAAAACACCCAUGAAGUGGUUCUGAGGAAGAGUUCGUCUGGUCUGGGCUUCAGCUUCUACAUCUCGCAGCUGUGCUCCGGGGCUGAUCGAGGCACCGUGGUUCGCAUCAAACGUCUGUUCCCGGGGCAGCCAGCGCAGGAAAGCGGCCUGCUGCGAGAGGGGGACGUCAUUUUGUCCGUCAACAAAGAGCCAGUGAAGGAUUUGUCCUACCAGAGGGUUUUGUUCCUGCUCCGUGGAAUCCCGUCUGAAGUUCACCUGUUGAUCUGCCGACCUGCUCCUGGAGUACUUUACGAUGUAGAUAAUAACACACUGAGCCCUGCACCCUUGCGUGAGAUCCGAUCCAGAUCUCUAGACCUCCGACUCGGAGAGGACUACAGCCAGCUCCUUAAGUCGCCAAAUGAUGUCAGCGUACACGCACUGAUGGUGCCCCCCACCAAAGAGGAGGACCUGACCAACGUGACCGAGAAAUCUCCUGAAGUCGCGGCUUCACCACCCCCAGAGAGUCCAAGGAGCCCAGAGGGCGAAGCGCAGACCUAUGAGAGUCUCCCGUCUCCCCUUCGCACACCCCCCUCACCGACGUCACCCACGUCGCCCCCGUCGCCGGUCUCGCCAGCCUCGCCCGCAUCGCCAGCGUCUGCUUCUCCACCAGCCUCAACGGAGCCACGGGCAGCAGCGGAGAAACAAAAGGAAGGAGAAGAGGAGGCUGCAGCUACACUAAGCUCAGCUGUGAUGCUUAUGGACGUUUACCCCAAAACUGCCUCCAAACCUGUAUAUACCAGCGGAGUUAGAGAGGAGGCAGAUGGGAGUGUGACCUACUGCCUUAUGGGAAAUGGACUGACUAUUGUGGCGGAUGAAGAGUACCUGACCAUCAGCUCCACUCUGGAGACCCCUCCCAGCCUUCCAUCCAACAACACGCCAACAACCAACCCAGACGCCCUCGACUCUCAAACCUCUAACAGCUUCCAGGCUCCGAACCUCAACCCUCACGUCCCCACUACCACCCUGCCCCCCCUCAACUUCCUGUCAGACAGCCCAGCCCCGUCCCCUUUGAGCCACUCGCCUCAGCCGCUCACCACACAGCCCCCGAAAAACAAGCACCACCCGAUCCAGCAGGGGCUUCUUCCGAGCCACUACAAAGCCACGUCUAAGAAUAUCCAGCCCAGUGUGCCUCCCUCCCAGCCUCCGCCGCUGACCCCCAUCACAGCCCAGGUUAUCUCCUCAGUGCCUCCUGCUCCAACGCUGCCAACCUCAGUGCUGCCCUCGCCUGCCCAGAUGCCCACACAGCUGAGAGAAGAGCUGGAGAGGAAGCUAAGGGAGUUUGAUGACGAUGACGACGACGAUUUGGACGAAGAGGAGAAGGAGAGUCGGAGAAAGGGUAGGAUUAAAGAGUUUGAGCUUACUGUGGUUCUGACCAAGUCCAGGAGUGGAAGCUUUGGGUUCACCAUCACUCGAAGCAAACUGGACAACUGCUACUACAUACAGGACAUACUGGACAACCCAGCCAGGGCAGAUGGACGCCUCAGAGCUGGAGACAGGCUCAUCACUGUAAAUGGGCACAACGUCACCAGCGUGGCCGAUGACGUCGCAAUGACAAUUCUCAGGUCGUCUCCGAGAAGACUGAGCAUGACACUCGGCAGGGCGGUCAGUAACCUCGUGGCUCCGCCUCCCUGUGACAGUCUACCYGAUGUUGUUCUCCACAAGACUCCUUCGGGACAACUCGGGAUAAGGCUGACGGGUGGUAUCGGCAGCAAAUGGCAGGGCAUCUAUUGUUUGGAUGUGGUGCCAGGCUCCCCGGCCAGCGAGGAAGGCAGUGUCCAACCCAACGACAAGAUCCUGUACAUCUGUGGCAGGUGCACCCUGGGAAUGACCUUAGAGGAUGCAGUCAAAGCCUGUGAGAUYGCCCCUCGUAAGGUUAAACUAAAAAUUAUCAGAGAAGACCAGCCAGUUACACCUAAGGCCAAGUGGAAUGGUCUUUUUGACUGGAAAAAAGACAAGAAGUUCUUUGCUCGAUUUGAAGAGUCUCCCUCGCCUGAGAGGAAGUCGUCAACUGAAAAUACUGAAUCCACGUGUAGGACUGCUGGGAGGUUCAGGGAUCUCUCUCUCACCCAGGAACAGGAUAGUUGCAUCAUGCAAGUGGAGUUCAAAAAACCAGAGGGAGGCGGUCUCGGCUUUGCUUUGGUUGGUGGAACCAAUGGCAGCAUGCUCAGAGUGAGGGACAUCUGCUCUGGUGGACUCGCUGAGCAGGACGGCCGUCUGAAAGUGGGGGAUAUUCUUUUAGAGGUGAACGGUGUGAUCGUGUCCGGGCUGAGCCACAGUAAGGUUGUGGAUAUUCUGCGUAAGGCCGAGGGGACGGUCCAGCUCACCAUCUGCAGGGACAUUUUGCCCCUGAAAUAUUCCGAGUCUCCCACACCCCCGAACAUGUCGGUUUAUACGGAAGCGGUUUUAGCGGAGCAGCCUGCUCACGUGUCCGGCCAUGACACCUGCUCCACACCUGACGUCAUGCUGAACCGACCAGUUGAGGUUCCCCCUGAGGCGUCUGCAGUUCCUGCUGUUAACAAAACAGAAGUGAUCCUUACCUCCCCGCCUCCUCCUCCACCUCACAGAGUGACUGUUGUGAGAGAAAAGACUUCGACGGAAGAGGAGAGUUGUAAUAACACCCCCUCUCAUCAAGCUUGCUGCCCAUCCCUCAAUGUCACUGACAUGUUGCAUGGAGCCACUGACAGGAAACAAAUUGUGACCAAACUUUUGGACCAGUCCUGCAAAGAUGUCCGGAAAACCCAGUCCGAUGGUUGGAGCAGCGAAGAAGAUGAUGUAUUUGAUGCAACGAGUCAGGAAGUGUCCUCUACCCAAACAGGUCCGCCGCUAGUAUCAGAGGAGGAGCUGGCCCGUUUAGCCCUCAUUACUCCUGCCAGGUCCAGCCAGUAUUCAGGCUUCAGGGUCAAAGCUCUAAUCCAGAUUCUGCAGCAUCAACUGGACCAGCAGGAACUGAUUAAAGAGUUCAUGGCUCUGGAGCAUCUGAAGCCUUCUGACAACUGUUUGGUGGGAAAAGCACCUGAGAACAGAGAUAAGAACCGCUACAGAGACAUCCUACCCUAUGAUGAAACCCGUGUAGCCAUCGGAGAGAACCAAGAGUACAUCAACGCAAGUUACAUCCGCAUGCAAGUCGGAGCCGAGGAGCUGUUCUACAUCUCCUGCCAGGGGCCCCUGCCCACCACAGUUCAGGCUUUCUGGCAGAUGAUCUGGGAAAACAAAUCUGACGUCAUUUCCAUGAUGACCCAAGAACUAGAACGAGGAAGAAUCAAAUGUCACAAGUACUGGCCAGAGAAGCUGGGUGCACCUGUAAACACAGACAAGUACCAGCUUUACCUGGAGAACCAGCAGUUCCUGGAACACUUUCACAUAAAGGUCAUCCGCAUGGUGGAAACAGAGACGGGUGAGACCCACUUUGUUCAUCACCUGAAGUUCACACACUGGCCCGACCACGGCGUGCCACACAGCUCAGAACAGCUGGUUCGAUUCAUUCGCUACAUGAGGGCUGUGCACCACAAGGGSCCGAUCACUGUUCACUGCAGCGCCGGCAUCGGGCGGACGGGGGUCCUCAUCUGUACCGACAUCAUCAUUAAACUCAUUGAAGAAGACUCGCCUAUUAACGUGAGCGACAUCGUGAAAGAGAUGAGACUCCAGCGGCACGGGAUGAUCCAAACCAAGGAACAGUAUCUCUUCUGCUACAAAGUCUGGUUGGACGUUUUACAGGGAAUUUUACAGCUUCAAGGCAACCAGUGGCAACCAGACAGUCCCAGAGACCACAAAGUAGUCUGAUUGUUUCAGUGUCCCGCUCAGCUGCAGGACAAAGCCCAGGCAGCGUAUGCUCGACAGUCUGCCCCAGCAGAGCGAUACACUGACAUCGUUCCAUUUGAUGGUUGCUCCUUUAAUCAGCUCUGAAAUCUGUUUAUGUCUAUUUUGCUACAACGAAAACGUUAAUUUUUUAAUGUAUCUGUUGUCUGCGUAUGUCUUCUUGGUGCUUUAAUUAAAUCAGCUUAGAUCACCAAGGUUGUUUUGCCUUUCAGGGUUUAGUCAAACGCCUUCUGUUUAGUUAUUUAAUCUUCCAGAUUUUAUUUAUUUCAUUUGGGCUUUUUUUUUUUUUUUUACAGCGUAGAAUGCAAAACCUGGUUACCUUAGCUCUUCUAUUGACCAAAAUUGUCAAGGAGGUGGAAGCUCAUCAAACCAAAGUUAGUGUUUGUUUUGUCACAUUCAUGUGUAGCUUUUAUGUUUUUGUCUUAUUUAAGUGCACUCGUACCCUGGAGAAAGGGGCAUUAGCUGUCGAUAUUUAAUUUGUCGUGUAGAGAAACGAAAGAAUCAAGUGCCUUGGAAAGACACAACCCACUUGCUCAACAAUGAACCACGAGUUGUAAGCAGUAGGGGUACAAAAAAACAAGAAACUGAUUCAACAGCAACUGAUGGUGGUUUGAAUGUAGAGUUUUCAUUCUGUCUGUGGUUUAAGAUGAACAUCUGGUUUAUUCAAAUCCAGCAGGAUUGCAUCGCAUCUUAUGAAUAGUUCUGCUUUAACCUUGAGAGCUUGCUGUAAUUUUUAAUUUGUGGGUUCAUUUUAUACAAACCGCCAUCAUAAUCGAAGAGUAAACAAUGUAAAUCUAACUACUAUACUCUGAUACAGAUAAAGAAUGAUUCCUCUUAAAAAGUUUAGCUAAAAAAAAGAAGUUUUUCAAUUCUCUUUUACUAAAAUUUGGACAUAUAACCACAAAGUAUUCAGAUUUCUUUUGUAAAAUGUACAAAAAAAUCAAUUACAGUCUMAUUUAAAAUGAUUGAUUGCUAGGCUUUUCAGUGCAAUUUACUAAACAAUGACAUCCUUUAUCUGUAUUCAGCAGCUAUUUUAUUACAAACUCAGACAAAAAUGCAAAAAAUAUCACAAAGUUUACAGAACUCCACCUCCACAGUCACAGAUCGAAGAUGAUUUAUAGCUCAUGGUUUGAACCUCAACUUUGGAUGUCACUGCUUAUGAGCUUUGUUCAUUCAGCUGCUAACACACACACAUACACACACACACACUCGCACACACACCAGCUCCUUAUUGCAUGCAGACUCAAAAAAGUCCAGACAUCCAAGCCUGCAGUUUGAUCAAAUUACUUGAACUUGAUGAAAAUACGGAAUGUAACAAAGCAACUCUUUCCACGUGAAGGAGGAUCCGAAUGUCUUUUUUUUCUUACCUGAGAACAUUUCCCAAAGUGUUUGGAGCAUGCUGGAAAGACAUAUACUAUACUGUACUUUUGCCAUGUGGGUGGCUGUGCAGAGCCAUCGGCCUCUGUAACGUGUAUGCAACAUCUCCUCACUCAGUGCUGGACACCUGGUUUCCAGCRAAAACUGACCUUCAGUUUUGUGCAAGUUCUCCUCAAGACUCCGUUGAUCGUAUUUUCAGCCUCACAUCUUGGAAACAAUGGGCAAAAGCACCUUUUGCAUUCAUAUGUGAAAAUGCAUCUUGUACAGUCAAGGCGAGUGCUUAUGCAAAAAAAUAUAUAUAAUAAUUUAAAAAAGCAUUGUGAAAUGUUAUAACCCUUAAUUGCACAGCUGCUUAUUUAUGCUAAAUUAAACUCUUGUCACUGUUACCAGCCACUAUGUAACCAAUAACUGAUGUAAUACCUCUCUCUUUAAUUAAAAUCUAUUCUGAAACUUG